AUGACGUACGGGGAUGAUGUAGACCAGCCUUCUCUACAACAUGCCGAAGAGGCCAACGACCAAGAUUUAUCGAUGGGACAGCACGAGUUUUCUUUCGCCGACGAAAUCGAUAUUGAUAUAGGAAAGGGGCUAGACGACAACGGCCAGGCUCGCGACUCCGAUGACUGGCCACAGGACGCGCUUUGUUCAACCCAAUCGAAUAGUACAGUGGUCGAAUCUUCAUUAAAAGAGGUACUUUCGAGUAACUUGAAAGAAACCCACACGGAACCUCGAAAGGACGCUGUACCCGAGGAGUUCCUGGCAAUCACGACGCCCGCAUCUGAUGCCAUGGAACUUUUUGCGGAAAGAGAAGUCAGCUAUACAAGAUACUCAUUCAUCAUUUUGAAUAACCUACGGAAUCUCGGACCAGAAGAUGUAGCGUACUUGGCAUCCCAAGACUGUCUUGUCAUUCCCACAGGGGAGACCCUCGAUCAUUUCUUGGAAAUCUACUUUCUGCAUGUGCACCCUCUCCUCCCAAUGAUCAACGAGGGCAAUUUCUGGAAGUUAUACUGUCAUGGACCAUGCGACGAAACCGACAAGAUCCCGUUGGUACUAUUCCAGGCUAUUCUAUUUGCUGCCAGUAGCUUUGUAUCGGAAGAAAUUGUGAAACACCUGGGAUUUCCUCACACUCGAGCACUAAGGGCAGCUUUCUACAAAAGGGCAAAGCUCUUGUACAACUUUGAAACCGAGUCUUCACUGGUUCCACUGGCGCAAACAGCUCUUCUGUUGUCCUUCUGGGCUCCCAACCCCUUGUGCGGGCAAGGCGGCUUAUCGGAUUGUACUAAAAACUCGACCGAGGCCUGGCUGGUUCUCGCGAUCCACGAUGCCAGAAAUGCAGGCGCCCAUCUCCAAACGAGUACACCUCCUUUGGCUCCCGUGGAAAACUACAGCACAGAGCAAAAACGCCAAAAUGCUCUGCGGAGAUUGUGGUGGUGCUGCCUGAUCCGCGACCGCAUCCUUGCGCUCAACCUGCGGCGUAAUAUCCAGAUCAAGCGGGCGUACUACGAUCCCGACACUCUUUACCAAGACUUGAGCGAUGAGAUUCACCAAUCGCGGGUCUACAAUGCCGACACCAAACGCUGCACGGCCCAGGUCCUCGUACAACUUGCACGUCUGGCAACGACGCUCACGGACGUGAUCCCACUCAUCUACCCAUCAGACGACGAGCCGAGGCGCAAUUUUCAAACAGGCAAGGGAAGUUCCGCGAAGAAGUGCAAGGAGUUGCUUGAUUCCUGGUACAAGUCAGCUUUUUCGGAGCUUUCAGGUCUUGCCGGUGGCGCUGACAACCUCAAUCCCGUGAUAUUGUACACAAAUUUCACAUACAUCUACUAUUACUCGGCCAAAAUCGCAGUUUGCCACCAUGAGGCUUUGCAGCUGGCGCUCUCCAACACCUCAGCGAUACUAGAUUCAAUAGCUUUUGCUACGAUCUGCGACAAUCAACAACAACUUCGGGAAGCCAUUUGCGGAGUCAGCGACUGUCUGGAAAGUCUUAUUCAACUGGGCCUAGUUCGCUGGUUGCCAGUCGUAACACUCGCCUGCCUCGCCCUCCCUCUAAUGUUGCAAAUUCUUGAUGUCAAGAUAUCGUCCAUGAACAGAAACACGGCUGCAGUUAAGCCCUCGAAAACUCAAGCAACCGUAAAGCAGCGACGGCUUACAGUUUUAAUCGAGGCCGUACGUGUAUACCACCCAAGAUACGCUACCGUUGACUACAUCUGCAAGACGAUUCGACAUGUGACGAACCUCGCGAGACUAGACGUCAUGUCGAAUGUGGGUGUUGAUACGGGAAUGGGUCAACCCGUCAUCUCCGACUGGACCGACUUUUUGAUCCUAUCACCGGGCCAUUACUUGCAGCUGUCGAAUGCGCUAGACUUCAGUCUUAAAACUACUUGCUUGGCCCGAGCAGACGAUAUUUCAGCUGACCUGAAACUACUACUGGGCCCGGGCGCAAAGCUUCCCUGGCCUCAGGAGCCUUCAUUGACAUACCAACGACUUUCUCCGCCGAACACAUCUGCCAUCCCUGGCUACUCCUGGGAUACAGAUCCCGAGGAACGGCCAACCUCAGCGAGCGCUUCUUCGAAAUCGCACGUCAUUGAGGAACCGAUCCUGGCCGAGACCUUUCCGGUUCCAACAAGUGCGGCAGAUCAAGAGACGCUUUCGUGGCCGGCACCUGAACGAUCCGUCUGUGAGUUGCCGCCUUCAGCCGCCAUCGAACUUGGUCUGGAUGCGAUGGACUUUGGAGGGUUUCCGGUACUAGACCUGGGCCCAAUGUGA